UUUUUCCUCUAAGCUGCGGGGAAGCUGUCAUGCCUUACCUGCAUCGGUCCCUGAGGCCACAGCCACAGCCAGUCCCCAGGGAUGCCAGGACUAUCCACUCCUCAGGUCAGAGCUUUGAGCAGCUGAGGCAGGGCUGCCUGCAGUCUGGCACCUUGUUUGAGGAUGCUGAUUUCCCUGCCAGCAAUGUCUCCCUGUUCUACAGCGAGAGGCCCCAGGUCCCCUUUGUGUGGAAACGGCCAGGGGAAAUUGUGGAAAACCCAGAAUUCAUUCUUGGAGGGGCCACCAGGACCGACAUUUGCCAAGGGGAGCUGGGAGACUGCUGGCUCCUGGCGGCCAUUGCCUCCCUAACCCUCAAUCAGAAAGCACUGGCCAGGGUGGUUCCCCAGGACCAAGGAUUUGGUUCUGGCUAUGCUGGGAUAUUUCAUUUCCAGUUCUGGCAGCACAGUGAGUGGCUGGACGUGGUGAUUGAUGACCGCCUGCCCACCUUCAAGGACCGCCUGGUCUUCCUCCACUCUGCUGAUCACAAUGAGUUCUGGAGCGCACUGCUGGAGAAAGCCUAUGCCAAGCUUAACGGGAGUUAUGAGGCACUGAAGGGAGGCAGUGCCAUUGAAGCCAUGGAAGACUUCACUGGGGGUGUGGCUGAGCACUUCCAAAUCCGAGAGGCACCAGAGGAUUUCUUUGAGAUUCUGGAGAAGGCUUUGAAGCGUGGUUCCUUGCUAGGAUGCUCCAUAGAUACCCUGAAUGCCUCAGAAUCUGAAGCUCGAACAUCUCUUGGUCUCAUUAAGGGCCAUGCCUACACCGUGACGGGACUCGACCAGGUAAACUUCCAUGGCCAGAGAAUCAAGCUCAUCAGAGUCCGUAACCCUUGGGGCCAGGUGGAGUGGAACGGGCCAUGGAGUGACAGCUCUCCUGAGUGGCGCUCUGUGGACCUGGAGGAGCAGAAGCGCCUGGGCCACACUGCCCUUGAUGACGGGGAGUUUUGGAUGGCAUUCAAAGACUUCAAGAUCCAUUUUGACAAAGUGGAGAUCUGCAACCUCACACCUGAUGCCCUGGAGGACAGCGCCCUCCACAGGUGGGAGGUGACCAUCCACCAAGGAAGCUGGGUCCGUGGCUCCACUGCUGGUGGCUGUCGCAACUUCCUGGACACCUUCUGGACCAACCCGCAGAUAAAGCUGUCCCUGACCGAGAGGGACGAGGGCCAGGAGGGCUGCACUUUCCUAGCAGCCUUGAUGCAGAAAGACCGCAGGAGGCUCAAGAGGUUUGGCGCCAACAUGCUGACCAUUGGCUACGCCAUUUACCAGUGCCCAGACAAGGACGGACACCUGAGUAGGGACUUUUUCAAGUACCAUGCCUCCCUGGCCCGAAGCAAGACGUUCAUCAACUUGAGAGAAGUCUCAGAGCGAUUCCAGCUGCCCCCGGGAGACUAUAUCCUCAUCCCCAGCACCUUUGAGCCGCAUCAGGAGGCCGACUUCUGCCUGAGAAUCUUCUCUGAGAAGAGAGCUGUGACUCGGGACCUGGAUGAGAACAUAGACAUUGACCUUCCUGAGCUUCCAAAGCCGACUCCACAGGAGGAGGAAACAGAAGAGGAACAGCAGUUCCGGGCCCUGUUCCGGCGUGUUGCUGGCGAGGACAUGGAGGUGUCGGCUGAGGAACUUGAAUAUGUUCUAAAUGCUGUUCUGCAGAAGAAAACAGCCCUCAAGUUCAAGAGGCUGAGCCUGCUGUCCUGCAGAAACAUCAUCUCUCUGAUGGAUACCAGUGGCAACGGGAAGCUGGAGUUUGAAGAGUUCCGGGUCUUCUGGGACAAGCUGAAACACUGGAUGGACCUGUUUCUCCAGUUUGAUGUGGACAAGUCUGGCACCAUGUCUUCCUACGAGCUGCGGACGGCACUGAAAGCUGCAGGCUUUCAGCUGGGUGGCCAUCUCCUGCAGCUGAUUGUCCUCAGGUACGCAGACGAGGACCUCCAGCUGGAUUUCGAUGACUACCUCAACUGCCUGGUGCGGCUGGAGAAUGCAAGCCGGGUGUUCCAAUCUCUCAGUGUGAAGAACAAGGACUUUAUCCAUCUCAACAUAAACGAGUUCAUCAGCCUGACCAUGAACAUCUGAGGUUGUCCUGACCCGAUGCCGUCUGCCCCUCUGAUACUCAGCUUCUGGAUCACGAACCUCAGAACUUUUUUUAGAGGGCUGCCCUGCCCACUGCUCUCUCCUCCCAGCCUCACACCACUCUCCUCCCCUCUCCGUAGUGAUUUAGAAGAAUCUAAAGGGAUUGGCUGUGUUCUCUGAUUCUGUGGAACUUCUUGUAAGAUCAUUGCUUCACAAGAACCUA